AUGUUAUUCGGUCUAUGUGGAUUUUUCAUCACUAACGGUUCUUUUGAGCAUUACAAAGCUCGUCUUAUUGGUAAUAGAAAUACAAAACAGCAGGACAUUGAUUGUGAUGAAACGUUUAGCCUCGUGGUUAAACCGUCAACCAUUAGAGCAGUUCUCAGAAUUUCUCUCUCUAAAUCUUGGCCCAUUCAUCAAAUGGAUGUCAAGAAUGCUUUCUUACAUGGUCGUCUCAGUGAAACAGUUUAUAUGCAUCAACUCAUGGGUUUCCAUAGCAAACAAUUUCCAGACUAUGUUUUCCUUCUGAAAAAGUCUUUGUACGGGUUAAAACAAGCUCAUCGGGCUUGGUACCAAAGAUUUGCUGAUUUUGUGGCUACCAUUGGGUUCUCUCAUAGUAAGUCAGAUCACUCUUUAUUUGUUUACAAGAAUGGUUCUGCUAUUGCUUAUAUUCUGUUAUAUGUGGAUGACAUUAUUCUUACAGCUUCUUUUGACCAUCUUCGUAAGCAUAUUAUGGCUCUCUUGUCUUCUGAAUUUGCUAUGAAAGAUCUUGGUCAUCUGAGUUUCUUCUUGGGUAUUGUUGUCACCCAUAACACCCAUGGUAUCUUCUUAUCUCAGACACAAUAUGCUACAAAAAUUAUUGAACGUGCUAGAAUGUCUAACUGCAGUCCCUGUCCUACUCUUGUUGACACUAAGUCCAAACUUAGUGCAACCGCAGAUACUAUGUAUGAUGAUCCGACUAAGUAUCGUAGUCUUGCAGGUGCUCUUCAGUAUCUCACAUUCACUCGGCCAGACAUUUUAUAUGCCGUGCAGCAGGUCUGUCUUCAUAUGCACGCUCCGACUAAUGAGCACAUACAUGCCCUCAAGCGUAUUAUACGCUAUCUUCAGGGUACUUUAACCCACAAUUUGCAUUUGUACAAAUCCUUAGUUAAUCAACUUAUCUCUUAUACAGAUGCUGAUUGGGGUGGGUGUCCUGACACCCGUUGUUCCACUUCUGGGUAUUGUAUUUUUUUUAGAAUAAUCUGGUCUCUUGGUCUUCCAAACGGCAACCUACUCUCUUCUGUAGUAGUUCAGAGGUGGAGUACAGGGGUGUUGCUAAUGUUGUUUCUGAUUUAUGCUGGAACUGAAACCUACUACUAG